AUGGGUGGUAAAAAAGCUCCUGGACCCGAUGGCUUCACAAGCUUGUUCUACAAGAAAAGCUGGGAUACUGUUGAAGAAGUUGUUAUUGACAUGACCCAAACCUGUUUUAGAACUGGUCAUUUAACAAAAGUUUUCAAUACCACCAACAUUGCUUUAAUCCCUACGGUCCCUCUGGCUGAAUUAGUUUCCCAAUAUAGACCCAUCAUCUUAUGUAAUUUCAUCUAUAAAAUCCUAUCUAAAACCUUGUCUAAUAGGCUCAAACCUCUGAUGGAUAACAUCAUAUCUCAGAAUCAAAGUGCCUUUGUCCCAAAAAGAUGUAUAUCUGACAAUAUCUUGAUAGCCAAUGAGGUUGUCUAUGUUGUCAACCAUCAUAAGAAGAAGAAGGGCAUUGUUGUUAUCAAACUUGAUAUGUCCAAAGCUUAUGAUAAGUUAGAAUGGUCGUUUCUUAGUAAAGUUUUACUUAAAAUGGCUUUAUCUGCUUAUAUUGAUAAUUUAACCAGUAAAGGCUUAGUUGAAGGAAUUAAAGAAAUCAACUUUGAUAAAUUUGGUAUCUUGUUUAGUAAAAAGUUGCAUGCACCUCUUAUGAACCAUUUGUCUAAUAUUCUGGAUAUCCAUAACAAAGAUCUAGGGGAGAAGUAUCUUGUCACCCCUAUAUCUUUUCAGGCCUCUAAGAUCCAGGCCCAUAUGGGUAUUCUCCAAGCUGUAGAUGGUAGGAUUACCUCUUGGCUUCAUAGACUGUUAUCUCAGGCUGCCAGAACUACUUUGGUUAAGCAUGGAGAGAUGCUUGACUCUAAGGAUAGAAAACUGCACCUUCUAGGAUGGGAUGCUUUGUGCUCCUCUAGGUCUGAAGGUGGUCUUGGUUUUAGGAAAUAUGAAUUUAACAACUUGGUUAUGUUAGAUAGAAAUGCGUGGAAAAUCAUAGAGAACCAUGACUGCCUUUUAGGUAGUGUGCUGAAAGCUCGUUAUUUUCCUAUGACUGACUUUCUUAAUGCUGCUUGUCCUGCUGAUUGCUCCUGGACUUGGAGAGGCCUUCAUACCAUUAAAGAGAUGAUUAAACCCUUUAUUUCUUUGAUUGUUGGGGAUUGUAAAUUUAUUGAUCCCUGGUGUGAUAAAUGGAUCCCUACUUUAGGUUCUGUCACCCCUAAUCCCUUGGUCCCUCCUGACCCUUGUGUUAAAGUUUCUUAUUUAAUUGAUGAUGCUACUAGAUCCUGUAAUUUAGAAAAACUAAUUACUCACUUUGAUGAUGCUUCUGUUCAAAAGAUCAUCACUAUUCCCUUAAGCCAGUUAUGCACUCCUGAUAGGAGGGAUUGGGAGCUUUCAAAGAAUGGCAGUUUUUCUUCGAAAUCUGCUUACUUGGGAUUAAGAGGGUCUGGACGCUCCCCUAGUAAUAAACUUUGGAAGUGCAUUUGGAAAAUUAAUGUCCCUCACCAUAUUCAACUUUUUACUUGGAAAGCUGCAAGAAAUGUUCUACCUGCUAAAAUUGUUCUUCAAACUAGAAUGCCUUUGCACUCUGUUACCUGCUAUGUUAUGAGGGAUUUCUCCAGCAAUGCUUCUUUUUGUGCUUCUAUUGUCUUUGAUGUGGAAUCUGCUGAAGAGGCUGAAGCUAGAGCUAUCUGA